UGCAACAGAGUAUGGCACCGCAGUAUAGUAUACAUAGGAGCAGUGGGCACCCAUCUCGCUGCCCGUUGGAGCGCAGCUAGCACAGUAGCACCACUACCCAUCCACUUGCACUAGCAGCUAGCCAGAUGGCCGCGGCGGCGACCGUCAGGACGCGCUCGCUCGCCGGCGGCGUUGUGCCGGUGGCACUACUGCUACUCGUCUUGUGUACCGGAUCAUCAUCAGCUGCAGGGCAGCUCGAUGUGGGCUACUACAACAAGACGUGCCCGGCGGCGGAGGAGAUCGUGCGCAACGAGACGGCGGCGGCCGUCACGGCGUCGCCGGACCUCGCCGCCGCGCUGCUCAGGCUGCACUACCACGACUGCUUCGUCCAGGGCUGCGACGCGUCGGUGCUGCUGGACUCGACGCCCAACAACACGGCGGAGCGGGACGCCAAGCCCAACGGCAGCCUCCGCGGCUUCGACGUCGUGGCCCGCGUCAAGGACCGGCUCGAGCAGGCGUGCCCGGGCACCGUCUCCUGCGCCGACAUCCUGGCCCUCAUGGCCCGCGACGCCGUCUCCCUGGCGAAGGGCCCCUCGUGGCCCGUCGCCCUGGGCCGCCGCGACGGCCGCAUCUCGAGCGCCGGCAGCUGCGGCGAGCUUCCCCCGCUGCACGGCGACGUGGGCCUCAUGGUCCAGGCCUUCGCCGCCAAGGGCCUCGACCUCAAGGACCUCGUCGUGCUCUCCGGCGCGCACACGCUCGGCAAGGCGCACUGCUCCUCCUACGCCGACCGCCUUUACGCCUCCGCCGGAUGCAGCACCCCCGACCCGGCCCUCGACGCCCGCUACGCCGACAGGCUGCGGAUGCGGUGCACCAGCCCCUACGCCGACGACAACAGCACCACCACCACGGAGCUCGACCCCGGGAGCUCCGACACCUUCGACACCAGCUACUACCGCCACGUCGCCCGCCGCCGCGGCCUGCUCCGCUCCGACGCAUCACUCCUCGACCACCGCUUCACCAGGGCUUACGUGCUCCAGGCCGCCUCAGGCAGGUACGACGGACACUUCUACCACGACUUCGCCGUCUCCAUGGCCAAGAUGGCCGCCAUCGGCGUGCUCACCGGAGACCAGGGAGAGAUCAGGAGAAAGUGCAACGUCGUCAACUGACAUGGAUUGGAUUGGAUUGGAUUGGAUUACUAGCUACUUCAGUGUUAAUUAGUUGUUACAGCCUGCCCUAUAUAUCUUGUGUUUAAUCGUAGGAGUAGCUAAUAGCUAGCUACCAUCUCGAAAUGUCAUCGAUCGAUCCGCAUGCAUGCUGAGUGAUGAUGGACUACUUUGUACUAAAAAAAAAAACUAGCUAGCUAGGAUAUAUACAUUUCAUUUCAUUUUAUUUCAUUCUUCUCUGCUUCUUGCAUA